AUGAAGGAGAAAUGUAUUAAAUUAAUUAAGAUACAAAAUUUAGGAGAAAUAUUAGACCAACUCCUUAUUUAAAUUAAAAAAAUUAAUCAAAAAAGAAAACUAAUUAUUUAAUUGGUAAAAAAUAUAACUUCAAUGAAUCUCCUCAUUAAAUUUCAUAAUUAAUUAAUAAGAAAAACAAAAAUAAUAUAUUUACACUUUCUUCAUUCGAAGGAAAUCGCAACGAAAAUAUUUUUAAAAAAAUCUAAUCAGGAUUAAAUAAAUCUAUCUUGUUUUAUUAAUUUGAAGUCCCUUAUUUCCCAGAUGAGUAAAUGGAGAUAUUUUAAGAAUUUAUAGAAUAGAUCUCUUUAUAAACUUAAGGAAAAUUCCUUUAGGGAGAAAAAAUAACUGUUAAAAUUUUUGAUAAAAAAUAACAAAAAAUUUAAAAUUAUAUUAAAAUAAAUAUAAAAACAAGUAAAGUAAUAUCCAAAAGAUUGGCAACCACAAUAUGAUCAAAAUUUUAUUAAAGUCCCUCUUUAACCAGUAUCUAAAGAAUAUAAAAAAAUAUCAGAUUUAUUAAGGAAGGAACCAUUUAUGAGAUUUACAGAAUUUAAAAUAAAUCUUUAUGGGAUAAUUACAUAAUUGAAAAAAAUAAAUUGAUUGAAAUAUAUAAACAACAAAAUGAGUUUUUAAAGAGAUCGAAAAGUAUUUAUGGCAUGGUGUAAGAAAUUAGCAUCCUAAAGUUGUUUAUUCAGGUUUGAAGGAAGCAUUUGAUUAGACCUAUAGUUAAGUAAAAAUUAUUUUAGAAUAAUCCUUAGGUUGGUCUGUGGGGAGCUGGUAUCUAUUUUGCUGAAAACGCUAGUUAUUAUAGAAAUUUCUCCUAUUAAUUAAAAUAGUAAGAUGAUUCAAAAAAUGUCGGCAAGCUUGUAUUUUUAUGUUGUUUGGUAACAACUGGAAAAGUUGAAAUAAAGCAACAAGAUAAUUCUAUUAAAAGACCAUCCUAAGGUUAUGAUUGUGUAUCAGGUUUCACUAAUGGUAGUAAUGUUUUUAUUCUAUACUCAAUGGACAUAAGAAGAGCAUAUCCAGCAUAUGAAAUAGUUUAUUCAUGAG